UUCAAGAUAUCAUUAGCAAAAAUACAGCACCAAACACAUUUCUCUCCCACAAUUGAAAACAAGUCUCCAUACUUCAAGUCCAGCCUUCUGCUCAGAAAUCUUCUUUCCCUGGCUCGUGUUUAAGAUGAUAAGAACACGGAUUCUACUUUAUCUUCUCCUUGUAUGGCUCAUCUCGGCAGCAUUUCAACAACAUCAGGCUAUUGGUUUUAACGUUCGAGCAACAGAAUCAGUUGAUUUCAAGAUCAAACCUGCAGAAUACAGGACAGCAGCUGGACACAUUAUGAGAACUUUGGCAGGCAAUGUCAAGGGGGAAAAAGAGAAGAAAAUUCGUAAAGCACCAUCUGGACCAAAUCCAAUUGGGAAUCGUCGUCCACCAUCAAAACCGUAAAGCUGUAGAACUCAAUAUUUCUUUUAAGUUGGAGGUUAAAAACUUAUGUUCAGGUUACUCAGUAUAAUAGUAAUUUCUUUUAAGAUUUAACUUA